UAAUAAAUAUUUUUAAUAAAUAUUUCAAUGUAACCUUGAUCGAUUCUUUUUAGAUUUCAUUCUUUAAUUAUUAUAAGAUAUGAACCGUUAGACAAUCGUGGUAGACAAAUAUCAUAUAUUAUAUAAUAUUUUCUGAGUCAGAUAUCAAAAAUAAUUAUCGUUAAUUUUAAGUUACGAUACGAACAAUUGCGAUUAAGUGAAUAAAAUAAACAUAAUCUAUUUAGAUUAAAUUUUAUCAAUUCUGAUUAAGGAAAAGAUUAAAUAAUGACUCAUACAAGAACACUGCUAUGGAUUAUUGUCUUCGUAAUUUUAACCUUAGAUAUCAUUCCGGAGAACAUGGCAAUUACAUUAAACAAAAGAGAUUCAAGAUCUCCCAAUUAUUUACUUCCGUAUGUGCUCAUAUUUAUAUGUGUGCUUGCCCUCAUUAUACUAAUAAUUCUAAUUGUUAUAUGUUACAAUGAUCAAAUUUUAAGGUGCAUAUCAUAUAGUUUCGAUCAUUUGAGAAACUGUCUUCAUAGAAGUUUUCAAUGUUUUCAUAGAAAUAAUUCUGAACCUGCUGAACCUUCUGUAAGACAUGAAACUAUAACUAGAAGAGUAUAUUUUAUCGAGGAUAAUUAA